CGGUGCGCGUGUGUGCUUUGUUUAUACGCUUCGCGUCGUGCCGCGCCCGCAAAGCCGGCCUAUUCAGCGGUUUUCACUUAACGACGUGCAUUCUUCUCAACGCUGUCGCUGUCAGUGUCAGCACUGAUAAUCCAUUACGUGCGCGUUGUGUUUUCAAUUUACCAUUACAACAACAAACAAUCGACGGUUUAACGCAGUUAAGAAAAGAGUGAAAAUAAAGAGUAACAGAUAGCGCUGGACGCGCGCCCAGCCUUGGUGUUGUUAAGAUAUACAAAUUGCAAUUAAACGGAGCGAAAAAUUUAAUCCGCUUAAAGUGUUUGCUCUCAGCUGAAAGCUUAUUGUAAAAAGUGUACGUGCGCCUUUAAGUUACGCUGUUCAUUAAGUAAAACGCUAACGCUUCGCGCUGCUCUGUAAUCACUAUCCGCGUUCAAGUGCUUUGCAACUUUACCUGUCAAAAGAGCGCGAACAUUGCGCGCUGCUAUCACGCGUGCAUAUUAAUGAGUCGCCAAGCGCGCACACCAUUACCAACUCACAAAAAAUGCACAACGAUAUCGGUAUACUAUAAGCCAAUUUUACUAACUAACUUCCGACCAGCAACGCGCAGCAAUCCGCCCAGAGCGCCACUGCAUUAGCAACGCGCGACCGCGUUACGCAUAAGCCAACUCGCCGCGCGUCGCAGCUCACGCCUCAUUAAAGUGUCAUAAAAAGUUUCUGUUGUCAUGCUGUUACUGUGGUUUUAACAACAGCAAAAACAACAACAAAAGCAUCCCUACACAUUUGUAGCAGGAGCAAAAAGAACCCGCUUUGACGCCGCGCGCGCUAACAAUAGUAGAUUAUUAAAAGGAUUAGAAGAGUGUUGAAAGUAUCCGAAUACAAUGCUUGGUCGCGCGCCUUGCAAAGGACACUAACAAGCAAAUGUCUUUGUUCCAACCAACAAGAAAGUUUAAUGUUUUUUUGUUGAGAAGCCAACAAAACACAUUUGAAGGCGUCCGUGGGAACGCAGGCGGCGGGCGCUACGCAAACGCUUGCUGUUAAGGCUAGUUGAAAUAUUAUCCUGUGGAAAUGCUGAAAGUGCAAAAUCACCGGGAUAAGUGCGCUUAAGCAAAAGCGACAUUGUAAUAAUAACAACAACAACAAAAGUGAGUAAAUAUAAAGUAAAAAAUUUCUUUAACUGUAUGUAUGACGCGCACGGCGGUGCCUUAACUCCAGACCCCAAACGUGCAACGCUCCAGACUUCGGAUCUUUUGUGCGCGUCUGCGCUUUCAGCAGUUACUUUGUUGCGUUAGUCCUUUGCCAGUUAUUGUGUCUGUCUGUGCACGCUGCGUACACAAUUACGAAAAGCGCCCAAAAGCGCGCUGACACCCAAGCAGCACACUCACACGCACAUGUGCAAAUAUAUGGAAAUUCAAGUGUGUGAAAUCGUGCGCGUUUGAUUUUGUUAGUGCGAAAGUGUGUGUGUAUGUAUAGGUGUUGGUGAUAUAUUGCGCAUAUAUUGUAUGCGACGCCGCACUUGGCCUUUGCAAGCGUAAGCCUAUCCACGAACCAACUCCUCCGCUUGACUAGUGAUACGUGUAAAUUGUGAGCGUGUCGAAUUACCAAAAAGGAUAUAUACACAUAUUAUUUAUACAGUUAUAUGCGCCUGUAUUCGGUUUAUGCGGAAUGUUCUUGUCGUAGGAUAUUAUUUCACAUCAAUUUCGGUCGAGAGCUGCUCUACGACGACACACCAACGCUACAGCUAGAUUAUAUUCAAGCGACCGUCCACAAUAGCAGUUAUCCAGACGGCCCAGGCCGGAGCAGCCGUUAGCGCGUCGGCGUGUCAGCGAGUCAAACGUGUCAGCCGGUCAGGCAGUUAGCUAGUCUGGCGCGUAAGCUGCUCAGCCAUUCAACUGUGCUCAGGCGUCCGGGCGUUCGGGCUGGCGACCGCAACACCAUUUAAGCUGAUUGCAUUUUGAUAAAAGGUGUCAUACAAACAAAGGUGAAAGGGUAGAUAGUGACAGCGCAAACAGCGGUCGGUAUCCAAAAACCAAGGGCAUGUCAAGCGCAUAUGUGACAACCGAAACAAUCUAACGGUAUUUGUCGACAUGUAAAUGUACGCCACACACGCCGCCUAUAAAAGACAUAAAAAAUAACGAGAAAAGAACUGUCGAAAAUGAAAGCCACCGAGAAAAGUGUAGCGAAAUCACAGCUAAAACACUAAGGACAUAUAUUAAAAAUAGAAUAAGAAACAACAAAAAAGGCGGUUAAAAAAUUGUCGUUGAAGUUUGAAAGACACGUUGCAACAGCCGCACACACACCACAGCGACAAAUACAGGCUGCAUGGUUUCGCAUGCUCAUCUGACGACACUGAAAUGGCAGCUGACGACUGUUGCCUGGCCGAUGCGACGACUAACAAACGAACAAGCACAACGACUACAACAACAACAGCAACACAUACAACCAAAACACAAACUGUUGUAACUACAGCAAGCGCAACCGCUUACACCACCCCCUCCAGCGCUGUCUGCGCGGCAGCUUGUCAACGGGACACAACUGCGACUGCAACAACAAAAAGAACAGCACACGACAACAGCAGUAACGGCAAUAAACAGCAAACCAGAACACAUUGAGCCGCAUUAAACCGCAUAGCCGACGCCGUCCACACCACAGACACUGCCACAGGCGUUGCAUACGUGGAGGCGCGCACACAAGCGCACGACGAGCGCAGCCAAGUGUGCGGCUGGCGGCAUUGCAAUCACAGCUCGAUACGGCUGUUGAUUGUGCGGCGCUUUUGGUGAAAGUGCUGGUCAACGACCAACAACCAAUUCAGCCACAAAACAACAACAAUAACAACUAGACGUACGCACGCAGUACCUAGCAGCAGCGGUAGUAGAAGAAGAAGAAGCAGGAGAAGGGCAAAAAAUAAACACGAAAUUAAAAGUGCGAAAGAAUCAAAUCACAGUCUUUAGGCAAUACGAGGCGCACUGAAAUUGCGAUUGACUGUGCAACAGUGUGUGUGAGUGCCGCUGUUGCUGACACUGUUGUGCCAGAUCGUUUUUUUCCUGCGAACAGUCACUGAACUCGCUUGUCCUUCGUAGACGUCGCUACAGUUCCGCCGCUUUUUCGCUUUGUUUGUGUGGUGCUGUGCCAAACAAGUCCAACAAGCAGCGCGCUCUCCCACGCCUACCACGAAGGCGACAACUAGUAGCGUGGGCGUUGAAUGCGCGCACCAGUGGAUAAAGCGCGCACAAAAAACGUCAACAAACACAUUGCAAAAGAACGCGAAAAGCAAACAAAACAACGCAAAUAGCCAACGUACAACUGCCAUCGGUUGGCGUUUUCUACGUUUUUGCAAUUCUCUUCAAUUUUUAUUGGCUCACUCUCUUUCGUCGCUUUUAAAUUGACUUUGGAACAACGUUCCAACGAGCAUACGUUUGCGCGAUCUCCUCUACGACCGCGUUGCCAGCCUCCUUCAGCCGUUGUCUGCUUUAAUUGAGUUGACUACUCGUACGAAUCUCAAAGCCGCAUCGUGCUCCCAACUCCCGCAAGCAGCAGUUAGCAGCGAGCAAUAGUGUCAUAGAGAUGGCGUCAAAAUUUUGGUUGAAUGUUUGGUGUGCGCUGGUCAGCUGGUUUCCGUUGCUGGCGAAUGGCUACCUGAAUGUCUUCAUUAGCCAUCGCGAGGUCAUCAAAUUGAUGGGCUUGGAAGCGGACUUGUUCUAUGUGCACGAGGGCGCCAUCAACACAUACGCCAUGCAUUUCACGGUGCCGGUGCCAGCAGAUGUGCAUGAUUUAGAGUUUUCAUGGCAGAGUUUGACCCCGUAUCCGCUGCCCUACACCAUCACAAUCGACUACGAGCACGAGCAGAGCGCUUUGGCCGCGCCCACGCUCAGCAUACCCGACAAAGGCUAUGUGCCGCAGCAGAUUGAGACAUUUCUGGUGCAUCUGCCGUGCACGGGGAAUGGCAAUAAGGAGGUGCCGCUCGUCGUCAAUAUGCUUGUGAGCGGUCCGCCGCGCACUAAUGACACCAAAUUGCAUUUUAAACGGAAUAAAAUCUGCCUCAAAGGUUUAUUUCCUGUUCCGAAUCAAUCAGCGGCACCCGCCCAAGCGCCGUCGCCGGGUCACGCGCUCUUGGGUGCUGCGGCUUGUGCGCUCGGUUUGGUGCUGGUCGUCGGCUUGAUUGCGUCAGCGAUGUAUGUGCGCGCACGCAAGCAGAUACGCCAGGACUCGUUGCAUACCAGCUUUACUACUGCCGCUUAUGGCAGCCAUCAAAACGUUUUCAUACGCCUAGAUCCGUUGGGGCGUCCGCCCAGCGCGAACAGUGGUUCCUAUGCGACUAUCGCUAGCCUGAAUAAGUACCCAUCGGAGUCGAAGAAGUCUUGCAACAUUUUUGACAGAUUUCGCAGUUCCACGCCGACACCCUCACCCUACGCGACCGCUCUACUGCCCGUGGGCGGCGAUCAAAUCGGCGAUACAAUCUACUCCAAACCAGAGUCGAUCUGUCCCUCGAGAAUAUCCUAUUACGCCUCGUCGCAGCUAACACAGGUCUACAGCAUGUCCACACCGAAGAGCAGUCGCGGCGGCGGCAAUGGUAGCGUUUUCGGUGGCGCUAGUUCCUCCGCCGGCAGUGGUAGUGAUCCCAAAGAGAAGCUUCGUCGCAUACCCAACGUACAGCCGGGCACGCUUAUGUGCCAGCACCUUAUAAAGGAGGGCACCUACGGCCGCAUCUACGCGGGUAAUCUCGGCGAUUCGUGCGAUGUAAUUAUCAAAACUGUCGUUGAUGGCGCUUCGCUGACGCAGGUGGCCUGUCUGCUGCAAGAAGCCUCCACGUUAAUCGGUGUGUGUCAUCCUAACAUACUGACGCCUUUGCUGGCGAACACCGAACUACCGGGACCACCCGAGAUCGCCUACCCCUAUCCGUCCAAGGGCAAUCUCAAAAUCUUCUUACAGAAGUCGCGUGAGCUCAACUCGCCGCUUAGCACCCGUCAACUGGUGGAGUUCGGGUUGCAUGUGACCAAAGGACUCGCCCAUCUGCACUCGAUGGGUAUUAUACACCGCGAUGUUGCCACCCGCAAUUGCUAUCUCGAUAUGGAUUCCUACGUGAAAAUAUGUGAUAGCGCUUUAUCACGCGAUCUCUUUCCCGACGACUAUCAUUGCCUGGGUGACAACGAAAAUCGGCCGCUCAAGUGGAUGGCUUUGGAAUCGCUACAGAAGAAAUACUUCAAUACUUAUAGUGACAUUUGGACUUUGGGUGUUCUCUUCUGGGAGCUGGCCACAUUGGCGCUGACACCUUUCGAAGAGGUGGAUAUUUUUGAGUUGAGCGCAUACCUCUCGGAUGGCUUUAGAUUGGGUCAACCGAUCAACUGUCCCGAUGAAUUCUUCACCGUGAUGUCCUGCUGCUGGCUGGAGGACCCCAAGCAAAGACCUUCCUUUCCUCAACUACUCGCCUACUUACAAGACUUUCACGAGGACCUGGGCAAGUAUAUAUAAACUCAUACAAAGCACUUAAAACGAAGAGUGUGGGAGAGCCCAGCAGGGCAAGGACAUUGCCCUCGGAGCGCUGCAAAUGUGUAAAUAGAUGGAAAGUCCGCUAAUAAACUUAAAAAAAUAGAAAAAUCUAUCAAAUUGAUUGGGCGUUUUAAAUUCAAAUUAGUUAGUUACAAAAAUACAACAACAAAAGUUAUGCAUGUGAAUGUAAAUAAAAAGCUAUACACACACACACCAACACAAAUACAACUGCAAUUGCAAUUGCAGCAUUCAAUUAUGCAAUGAUUUACAAAACGAAACCGCAAAAAUACAAAAACAAAUAAAUGCAACAAAAAGCUGCAACUAAAUGCAUAGAAAGAGAAGAGAGCAAAACAUUAAGGUAUAUGUAUUUAAUGAAAUUAAUUAAAUUGGGCUGCAUAAUUUUUUUGAUUUAUAAAACGUGACCAAACACACACACACAAACACCUACACGUUUGUAUAUGUAUGUGUAUGCCCGCACAUUUAUUGUUAUUGUAUUGAUUGUACGCAUUAUUAAGCGAGUAUUUAAAUGUAUUGUGGUAUAUUUUUUAAAUUUAAGCGAAUAUAUGUAUAUGUAUAUGGAAGAUAUUUUUUACACACCCAUUUACUAUGUAAGCAUUAGAGCAAAGGAUGGUAUGGCAUUUUAUAUGGUGUAACGGUGAAGUAUAUGUACAUGGAAAAUUGUUGAGAAAAAAGUGCGAGCAACCGAGCUGAUCGAAUAGUGAAAUGUAACACUGGUAGUGAGCAACAACAGCAACAACAACUAGUAUAUUUCAAUAUUUACAUGCGUGUAUAUAAUAUACACACAUACACACUUACAUAUAUACAUAUUUGUAUUAUAUUAUAUUUACAAAAUAGCUAUUUAUCUAUAGUUAAUAUUUAAAAUCCGCACACACACAUGCAGACACAUGUUUCUGUAUCUGUGUAAAUUGACAGAGAGAGAGUGCGAAAAAAAUUGGAAAAAGAGCGCAACAAGAGCACAACACAAUAGCUACAGUUGUGCUGAAGUUUAAGUAAAUUUAAUAAAUGUUAUCGACAACAAAGGACCCAGGAAUCGUAAAGCAUAACGACAAAGGGUCAAAUUCGUUGUUAACUUAUUGUAAUUGUAUGAUAUUAACUCAAUGCCAUAGCGAAAUUCACUUAACAAACACACCUGCCAUCAGCAACACAAUCGCACACACACACUGCCAUUAAUAUAGAAAACAUAGUGCAAUAAACCGCGAAAGGUCAAAAGCAAAAGCAAUUUCAUGUCGAUAGAAUUCUGUUUUUUAUUUAUUAUGUUAUCUCCUGAGUACUUUUGUACGCACAGUUACUUUUAUUAGUUAAUUUAGUCAUACACUUAUUUACAUAUAAUUCAUGCAUGAAUGCGCACUUUUACGUACACAACAUACAGUGGCUCAUAGCUCUUUUCGUGCGGCUGUAACAUAAAUUUUUAGCCUUUAUAGAAAGAAAACUAGUGAUGAUAAUGCAGAAUUUUUAUAAAAGUAUUUUUUAUUUGAGCAAUAUUUUAAAUUUAAUAUAUGUUAUUAGUUUAGUAAAAGUUCCAUGUAAAUGAAAAAUUAAGACCACUGCCUAUUUCGUGCACUGCCAUCAGCUUAAGAAAAAAACUUCUAUAAAACUGUUUAGUAUUUCGUAAGACCUCCUCUGUAACCUUUUAUACGAUUAUCCGUCGAAGCUACAUGUUUUUGGGUAGUUUUCCAGGGGAAUCUUAUGCCUUUCCUCUACUGUUAGAGCUUUUAGUUCGUUCACAUACCUUUUUCGUGUCGCCUUGUCCAAAAUUGCUCACAAAUUUUCAAUGACGUUUCAGUCAGGAGGUUGUGGAGAUUGUUACAUGAGCUGUGAAUAUUUCCAAAUCAGCCAUGAUUGCACAAUCGCCGAUUUGUGUAUUGCAGGUCCUAAGUACCCAAUAAGAAAUGUAGAGCGUUAAGUGAUAUACAUGAGAGGUACGAAAAUCUCUAAAAAUAACUUUAAUUUUUAAAAUUAUAUUACAAAAGUUGAGGGGCAGCACUAUCCAGUGGUACACUGACUGCUGAAAAACAGCGAAAGGCAUACCAAACUAUCCAUACCAAUACGAUGUUUUCCGAGCAUCUUUCAAGCAGAAGUCUUUAUUUUAAGUUAGUGUGCACAAAUCAAUCUCCAUCGCAACCAGCGUAGCGCUAUACUCAGCGAUAGUUCAGGGGCACCAAAAGCGAUCUCAGCUUAUAGGGUAAAAUCGCUGUUAGUGGAGGAGUGCAUACAAAGACCGAACCGCCUAUCAGGUUGAAACCGUGUACAUCUGAUCUGGGUGCCGGUGCAUAAAGGGGUAGCCGGCAAUGAGCUGGCCGACGAACUAACCCGAUCUGUAACAGUUACCAGGAUGAUGGGGCCCCAGAACCGCUCAUUGCGAUGAGGCUCCACACUAUAAAGGAGAGAAUAGCACUGGCAGCAGGAAUGCGCCACAUCAAGCUACUACUGGUAGGUUACAACCUGACAAGGUUUUAAGAUAUGAUCAACCUCUCCUGAAACAAAUUCCGUCUCCUUGUCACGCUCUAUACAGAGCACUGUAGGCCCAGAAAUACUUGUCCAAUAUUGGCAUAUUCUCUUGCGCAAGCUGCCGGUUUUGCGACAUGUAAACUCUAGAACAUUUGAUUCUAGGUU